AGUUACAAAUUUAUAAAAACAAUAGGGGUGUCUGGAAUAUUUAGUUAAUAGCCCAAGUAUGAUGUGGAAGUUCAGAAAAGUUGAAUAUAUAUUGGAAGAUAGAGGAAGGAAGAAAUUGUGAUUUAUGCAGGAACAAAUUUGGAAUGCUAGAAUAUUUGGCAAUGGAUUGUGGGAAAAUAGAGAGGGGAAUUAGGAUAGAAAACAUGCUAAAAUUAUACAAUACUGUGAUAGAGGAUGUUAUAUCAGGAGUAAGAGAAUCAUUUAUAGACGAAGGUGUAGAUGAACAAGUACUGCAAGAGCUCAAACAAAUAUGGGAAACAAAACUAAUGUCUAGCAAAGCUGUCGAACUUAAUCCAGAUCCACCGGAACCUCAGGUUCCUCAAAUAAAUACACACAAAGCUGUGCCUGUUAAUAAAGGAGUAAAUGUAGGAAAUCAUUUUGUACAACAAACAGGAGGAAAUACGGUUCCACAACAAGCGUCUCAACAACAGCAACAGCAGCAACAGACACAACAGCAGCCUCAACAACAAACCCAAACCCAUUCAACGACGGCUGGUAUGCAACAACAUGCCAAUACGCCAGUGCAACAAUUAGUAACGUCUACAUCCGCGGUAAUGGAUCGGCAAGUGCCUAUUCAAAUCACAUUACCGCCACAGACGGGCGUGCCAGACGCCCCACAAAGAGUUCUGACUAUACAGGUUCCUGCGUCAGCGAUUCAAGGUAAUCAAUUGCAUACAAUCCUGACGGGUCCAGUUAUCUCAGCUGCAAUGGGAUUGCCUGCCAAUUUGGCGUCUACAUUGCUCCAGCAGCAUGUUAAUUCUACCCUUCAAGGCCAAGCAACAUUGACACCCCUCCAAGUUAGUCAGCCACUUCAGGUUGUUACACAGAGUACAAAUAAUGUCUCUCAACGGCCUGUACAAAAUCAGAAUAAUAUAGCACAAUUAGACGGUCCACUUGGAGAUUCAUCGGAUGAUGAUGAAGAAGAGGAAGAAGAGGAUAACGAAGAUGAAGAGGAAGAUCUUGAUGAUAAAGAGGAAGAGGAAAACGAUGAAGCUGCUGCAAGAGAAGAGGAGCCAUUAAAUUCGGAAGACGAUGUAACAGAUGAUGAUCCGCAAGAUCUUUUUGAUACGGAUAAUGUAGUCGUUUGUCAAUACGACAAGAUAACUAGGAGUAGGAACAAAUGGAAAUUCUACCUCAAAGACGGCAUAAUGAACCUCAGCGGUAAGGAUUACGUUUUUCAGAAAAUGAACGGGGACGCGGAAUGGUAG